AUGGCGGAAGCCUUCUUGCUGCUCAUGAACCGCCAGAGGGCGGUGCCUCUCGACGAGCCUCGAGCUGCUGUGGCUCAACCUGCUGCGGCCAGGGUUCGAAGCUUGAAUCCUCAGCGCAACACCUUCUGGUUGCGCCAGAUCUCCUUGGACGCUCCGCCUGGACAGUACUUGAGCGUGGAGAGCCUGAGGUUGGCGCAGGAGUCGAUGCAAGACCUCCUGACCGUGCAGCUCCCGUUCAUGGUGAAGAUCGUCAUGCGCGUGCGCCUUUCGGAGGAGAUCGUGGAUCCGGAGAGCGGCGAGCGGGAGAUUGUCUACAGCGAGCGCCGCAUUGCCACGGUGCCCUCGUUGGUCCGGCCGCUCGCAAACCCCGACGAGAGGCUUCGUCGCUACAUCGUGUCGAUGGCUCAGAGGACUCUCGAAGAUCGCCUGGAGCAUGCUAGGUUCCACAACUCGCUCCAGAAGUUCGAGGGCAUCAUCGACAUGCAGAUCUACACGACUCCGAGCCGGGAGCUCGCUCAGCUUCCUGCGGCUCCUGGCGCAAACUUCGCCGGAGGCUGCUGGAAGGAGUUGCCGGAGCUCUUGAAGCACGGCAAGAAGGGGCUCUGGUCCCCCAAGAACGCCGACAACAAGUGCUUCCGCUACUGCGUGAUGGCCGAGCUCCUGGGUUGUCGCGACUGGGGCAAUGAGUAUCGCAAAAAGGUCUCCGAGUGCAGAGGGCGACCUUUCUACGACCUCCCGAACGGACGCCCUAGCAAGAGGAUGCGACUUUCGGAUCCUGUCGGUGUUUAUGUCAACGAGCAAGCCAUCGACUUCAGCAUGCUCCCGGAAGAAAGCGCGGUCGCCUUCGAGGACAUCGAGAAGUUUGAGCUCGGGAACGCUGGCUUGGUGGAGAUCUUUGUGUACCAGUGGUCGCGAGUGCCGUGGGUCAACGACGACUUCCACUUCCUCAUGCCGGAUCCCGGCAAGCGCCAGGUGGAUAGGAUGCUAAUGCCGGAGAGAAGCGCCGCCACGCUCCACUACAAGGCCGGCCCUUCAGCUGCCAUGCAUCCCUGUGUUUGCUACGCCGACUUUGAGACCUUCAACGCCAAGGCGCCCCAGCAACUUGCCGGUCAGAGCGUUCUAGCCAAGCAGGAUCGAGUCGCAUCCUUUGCGUACAUGGCGGUCGGGCGUUGCGGCUUCCAGGUCCCCUCGUUACAUCGACUUCGGCUGGAGCGGGCGACCGAGGAGUCUGGCGAGUUCGGCAUCGUGGAGCUCUUCCUCCGCAGUCUUCUCGAGCUGGCCAAACGCUACCGAGAGUGGCGUCUGCGCACAAACAAGCCCUGCCGUAUGACUCAGGCCGACCAACGUCGCUUCAACCGCGCCGAGACCUGCGAGAUCUGCGGCGGGGGCUUCGAGCAAGGGAAUCCUAAAGUGGCGCAUCAUGAACAUGGGACGGGCAAGUUCCUGAGUGCGGCUUGCAACAAGUGCAACUUGCUCAUCCGCCUGCCGACGAGCCUGCCCUGCUACUUCCACAACGGCGCCUCCUACGACUUCCACUACCUGCUCCGCUUCCUGGCCCAUGAGAAGGGUUAUGAGCGUCAUGAGGACUACAUCGCCACGCUCCUCGGCGAGACUGCGGAGUCCGACGGCGACGAUGACGACGAGGGCGAGGGGGACGAUGACAGGUACGAUCCGUGGCGCUGCGACCUUUCCAAGAUCAAGCUGGGUGCUCUGGUGAAAAGCGGGGAGAAGUGCUUGAUGCUGUCUUUCGGGCCUCUGCGCUUCCUCGACUCCUUGAACGUUUUCCCGACCAGCUUGGCCUCCUUGAUCGAAGACUGCAAGGCGAGCUGCUUGAAUCCCAGCGAGGCCUUUCCCCUGCUGACACGGCGCCAUCCCAUCUUCGCGGAGGCGGAGCUGGGCGCGCGCGAGCGUCGGGCCAAGGUUUGGGAGUUGCUGCUCAAGAAGAUCCCGAUGCCGUUUGACGCUCUUUGUGAUCCGGCUUGCUGGUCGUGGCCGGCUUUGCUUCCUCGCGAGGCCUACGACAACACGCUCACCGGCGAGGCGUGCUCCGAGGAGAAAUACGAGACCGUCAAGCAGAUCGUCGAGUUCUUCGACUUCGAGAGCUUCGGCGCAUUUCAUGACACGUAUUUGCGCACAGACCUCGCACUGGGAGAUGUGAUGGAGCGCUAUCGAGACACGUUUUGGGACAACUUCCACCUCGACCCCUGCCAGUACAUCACGCACGCAUCGGCGAGUCAUGACGCCAUGCUACGCAAGUGCUGUCCUCGUCGGGAUCUCGGUCUCGGGCUCAUGACCGAUCGGAGGGUGUACGAGCUGACCAAGGCGAACAUCAGAGGAGGCCUCGGGCACAUCGCUCAGCCGUUUGCGGCGGCCAACAACCCCAUGUUGCCCGACUUCGAUCCCGCUCGAGAGCAGUCGUGGAUUCUGUUCUACGACGUGAACAGCAUGUACCCUUCCAUCAUGGAGAAGCCGAUGCCUACCGACGGCGGUCAGUGGGUCGAGAUGCCCGCGUCCAGGAAGGAGAGGCUGUGCUACCUCAACGCGCUCUUCGAGCGGGUGGACUACGAACGGGACGAUGAGGAGGUUUGCUUCAUGAUCGAGGCGAGCUUCGAUGUGCCGUGGUUUCGCCACUCUUGCGUGGAUUGGGCUCCCGUUUGCAAGAUGUCGGUGACGAGGUCGCAACUCAGCCCUUACACCCAGUCCCUCAUCCAGGACGGUCAAGUUGUUUCGGCGACGCCUAAGCUUGUACCUUACUUGGGGUUGCAUCUGAAAGAAGCCGUCGACCUUCGGUACCUCAAGUUCAUCGUGGAGCACCUCGGCGUUCGGGUCUAUGACGCUCACAGCUGCGUGUCCUUCCGCUGCCAUACCUGGAUGAAGAGCUUCGUUCGCCAAACCGUGGAGACUCGCCGCGAGUACAAGAAGAGCGGUCGCAAACUCCAAGCGGAAGUUCAGAAGCUUACGGGCAACGUCCAGUACGGCAAGAUGGUGCAGAACCAGGAGAACUUCAGGGCCACUCGCGUCUACGCGGACGGCUUGAAGUUCCAAGCGGCGGCAUCCAAGCCCAACAUGCUGGACAUCCAUCCGCAAAUCAUGGAGGAGCGCGCGUUCUUGGCCUUCGUCGACGUUCAGAAGGCCGGCAAGGCGAAUGUCUUGAGAUCCUUUCUCCAAGGCGGCUGGAAGGUGCUGGAGGAGUCGCGCUUGCUGAUGAUGAAGGCGCACUACCGGAUCCGCCUCGUCUUCGACGGCGAUCUUCUCAAGAGCGUCGACCCGGCGGACGACCCGAGCGACUUGAAGCCCGAGCAGAGCCGCGUGAGAUGGCUGGGAGGCGACACUGACAGCAGCGUCCUGCAGAUCUUCAGCGACCAAGACCCGAAGAUCGCCCUGGCGAAGGCCAACUUGCGAGGCGCCGCUCCUUUCUUCGAUGUGGCUGGCGAUGCGAAGGACGCCGCCCUGAAGGAGCACCUGGCUCCGCUGUGCGAGGAAAGCCGAGAGCUCGCACUUCGCCGCGCUGGCGAGCUCGGCAACUUCUCGGACGAGUUGGCUCCUCACUACGGCGUCGAGUGGGUCGGCUUGGCGCCGAAGAUGUACUCGCUUAGCAAGACAGAGGGCGAGAGCAAGGAGCGGGCCAAGGGCGUUCCGAAGAGCGAGCGCAAGAAGCUGGACCACGAGCUCUACCGGGCCAUCUUGGAGAGCGGAGGCGAGCACAAGGUGGAGUUCCGCCGCCUGGGCUGCCGUCAUCAUGUGAACGAGGUCGUGGAGAUCCACAAGCGCGGCCUCACGGCGUUGAACACGAAGGCAUGGCAGCUCGAUGCGCAUCGCUCCAGGCCGCUCGGGCACUUCAAGAACAACGAGGUCUGGGCCGCGUGCUGGGCGGCGCUGCAGAGAGGGGCGCGUGGCUUCGAGGAGCGGUCCGAUGUGGCGGCCUUCCACCUGAUGAACCACAUCCUCGGCUUCGCGUAUGGCGAGGUCGGCUUCUUGCAUCGCGAGAGGGCGAGCAAUGGGCAGUUCGUGGGCAAGCUGUUCAACACCAGUUACCUCCGGUCGUGCUGA